AUGUCCUCUGAAACAUCUGAUUGUAAAAAACUCAGUGAUGGAGUUAUUUUUGGAAUUGGAAAUCCAUUGCUCGAUAUUAUUGCCGAAGUUCCCAUGUCAUUUCUUGAAACAUAUAAAUUAAAUGCUAAUGACGCUAUUUUAGCCAGUGAUGAUCAUAAAGGACUAAAUGAAAGUUUACUUCGUGAUUUUCCAAACCAUCAAUUCGUAGCUGGUGGUGCAACGCAAAAUUCCAUGCGUGCAGCAACAUGGUUACUUCAACAACCUAAUGCAUGCACGUACAUGGGCUGCGUUGGCCAAGAUAAGUAUCAUCAAUUAUUACAUGAUGCAGCAAGUAAAGCCGGUCUUCAAUUAUCCUAUCAAGUUCAUAUGGAUUCGGAAGAGCGUGUUCAAACGGGUACCUGUGCUGUUCUAAUCACCGGCAAUAAUCGAUCGCUAGUAGCCAAUUUAGGUGCUGCUAAUCAUUUCACUAUUCAACAUUUAGAUGAUCCCAAAAAUAAGCAAUUGAUUGAAAAGGCGAAAAUAUUUUAUACAGCUGGAUUCUUUUAUACGGUUUGUCCACCUGCUGUGAUGCGUCUAUGUGAAUAUGCUGAUAGACAUGAUAAACUAUUUUGUACUAAUCUAUCAGCACCAUUCAUAUGUGAACAUUUCGGUGAUAAAUUAAUGGAAGCAAUGCCAUAUGUGGAUUACCUAUUCGGAAACGAAACAGAAGCAAGAAGUUUUGGUAAACAUCAAUUAAAAUUAGAUACUGAAGAUGUUAGCGUUAUUGCCAAAGCAAUCAGUGAACUUCCAAAAAAGAAUUCUCAACGAGCACGUGUUGUUGUUAUUACACAAGGUUCUGAUCCAACAGUAUUAGCAAUCACUGGUAAAGAAAUCAAAGGAUUUCCAGUGAAAAAACCGUUAGAUAUUGUUGAUACAAAUGGUGCCGGUGAUUCCUUUGUCGGAGGUUUUCUUGCUUACCUCGCUCUUGGUAAAAGCCAUGAUGAAGCAAUUCAAGCUGGUGCUUACUGUGCAUUCGAAUGUAUUCAGCAAUCGGGUUGCACUUUUCCUGAGAAGCCAAGUUUUGAUCCAACUACUUUUGUUGCUUAA